GUGGACGCUGAUUGGCUGCGUGGUGGCUGGCGGUGGGGUUAAGCUCGACGCGGGGCCGAGGCCGGGGGUCCCGCUGGAGCGGCCGAAGCUAAGUGAGGGGCCUAGAGCCCUAGGUGGAAGGAACCCAGCCGAGCUGCCCGUCCCCGCGCGCCCGCCAUGACCCCCCUGCCGCCGCCUGGCAGCCCCUUCGGCCUCGGCCUCGGCCCCGGGCUGUCCCUGGUCCUGCCGCUGUUUCUGCUGUUGCUACCGCCAGCGUCGGGCUUGGCCCAGGUGCCGCCUCCGCAGCCCCCAGCCCCGAGGAGGCCCCCCGUGGUGAUCGUACCUGGUGACUUGGGAAACCAGCUGGAAGCUAAGCUAAACAAACCUUCGGUAGUCCAUUACCUUUGCUCCAAGAAGACAGACAGUUAUUUUACCCUCUGGUUGAAUUUAGAGCUGCUUCUUCCUGUCAUCAUCGACUGUUGGAUUGAUAACAUCAGGUUGAUAUAUAAUAGAACCACUAGGACAACCCAGUUCCCAGAUGGCGUGGAUGUGAAGGUUCCUGGCUUUGGAGACACCUUCUCUGUGGAAUACCUUGACCCUAGUAAAGCUUCCGUUGGAGCAUAUUUCUUCACUAUGGUAGAGAGCCUAGUGGGCUGGGGCUACAGGAGAGGAGGAGAUGUCCGAGGAGCUCCCUAUGACUGGCGAAAAGCUCCAAAUGAAAAUGGAUACUAUUUCCAUGCCCUCCGCAAGAUGAUUGAGGAGAUGUAUGAGCAGUAUGGUGGCCCUGUUGUCCUCAUCGCCCAUAGCAUGGGCAAUAUGUAUACACUGUACUUCCUCAACCAGCAGUCACAGGACUGGAAAGACAAGUACAUCCAUUCCUUUGUGGGGAUGGGUGCUCCCUGGGGGGGAGUGGCCAAGACCCUUCGAGUUCUGGCUUCAGGAGACAACAACAGAAUUUCUGUCAUCAGUCCUCUGAAAAUCAGAGAGCAACAGAGAUCCGCCGUCUCCACCAAUUGGCUGCUUCCCUACAAUUAUACUUGGUCGCCAGAGAAGGUCUUUGUGAGAACCCCCAAAGCCAAUUACACCCUCCGGGACUACGAGAAGUUCUACAAGGAUAUUGGCUUUGAGGACGGCUGGCUCAUGAGACAAGACACGGAGCACCUGGUCUAUCAGAUGACACCCCCUGGAGUACGGCUACACUGCCUCUAUGGCACCGGGGUCCAGACCCCAGACUCCUUCUAUUAUGAAAACUUUCCUGAUCGAGACCCCAAGAUCUUCUAUGGAGAUGGGGAUGGCACAGUGAACUUGGAAAGCUCCCUGUACUGCCAGAAGUGGGUGAACCAGCAGAAGCAGGAAGUCACCCUGCUAGAGCUUACGGGGAACGAACACAUUCAGAUGCUCUCGAACGAGACAGCUCUUUCCUACUUGAAAAAUGUUCUCUUUGGUUUGUGAUGCUGUGUCCCAACAGCCUCCACACUCGUCACCCCGGAUGCCUUCCCUUCCAACCCGAUGAGGGGGAAAAUGCUGCUUCACUAUCUUGAAGGUUUUUUAUUUUAUUUUAUUUUUAUUUUUCAAUCAAGAUUUUGAACUGGGCCUCCCUCUGCAGGCCAUGAUUUGAUUUAUUAUUUUGGUGUGAAUGAAGUCUCGGCUCCACGUCAGUGAUAGGUACAUUCUCUUUCCUGGCCUUAAGGUCCCAUUUGGUCAACUUUGGGGUCAAGUCCACACAAAGAACUUGUUCAUUUCUGUAAAAGGAACGAGUGGUUAUCGGUAGAGUUGUUUGUCGAGUGGAGGCUAAGAGACUGCUCUCAGAGGCUUUGAAUCGCUAGAAAGGUUUCACACACAUCUUUUCUGACCUGCCUUUGGGGUUCUAAUUUUAUUUUAAAUUCUUGGGAAUGUAAAGGAGAUCUUGUUUUGAGAUAGACCCAGUCUGGGCGUUGACUCAGCUGACCCUACUUCAAGAGAAGAGAGAAGUCCAGGCCCAGACUCCCUCCGUGCUUGCAGCACGUCGUUAUGUUGCUGGUCCUGUCAGAACGUUGGCUUCAGGCCUCUCUUUUAAGAGGGGGUGGGAGGGAGGGAGGGACAAUCUAUACUGCCAAACCCAGACUCCAGCUGUGGGCUAGGGGCCCUGGAGACACGGGAUGCCCUGACUCUUACCCAACUCAGCCCCGUGAGUGGCCACCCAGGGCUGGCUUCUUUACUUCAGCUAUAACAGCAGCUACUUCUUCAGAGCCUCCCUUCCUUUCUUGCCAUCUCCCCACCCUUCUGAUCCCCAAACUUGUGUCGGAGAUAGCCCCCGUCUGAUCUGUGCUUUUAUUCCUUGUGCACGUGGCCUCCAUCUUUGCUUGGGCCCAGCAGCGACCCAAGCCCUCUGCCCUCUCCUCUGCCCUUUCCCCAGGUGGUAAGUGGAGGAUCUGCUUGCUGCUGUGGCAUUAUACACAUCGUAAACUUUGGUUUGGGCUCCCCUCCUUGAUUUUUAAAGGCUAUAUUAUCUGUGUGUUACUGCCAGACUCUUGAAUUUUCUCAGCACAAGGGAAGAGAGAGGACCAUAGCCCUCCCUCGACUUCACAUAAUGUGGUUUUUGAAAACUUCUCUGGGAAGCAUCCCAUCCCCUGGUGCUAUUGUUCUGUAGAUUGGGGAUCAAGGGAAAGAGUUUUAUGUCCAUACCAAAGUAGUUAAUGAUCCAUGUACAUUUCUGGGCAGGGGACGCACAGGCAGGCCCUGGUUUGGUUCCUCUGCCAUUUACUGCCUACGGGGUCCUGCCAACAUCAGCUGGAAGAGAGGUGGCCUGUUCCCGGCUGAUGUUGGCAUUCCUUGCAUUUUGGGGCCUCGUGGUAUUUGUACUGAAUCCUUCUCCUCAACUCCAUGAGUCUUAUACAAACUGUAUAUACUUUACCAUCACUGCCAAGUUUCUUUAGCCAUUCCUCCUAUGAUGGUGUCCUCAGGAGACUUGAGGCAAGUGACCCUGCUGCUUGUGUUACCCACAGGAACUGGGGACUCGCCCCUGCACCCCCCAUAAGACUGCUACUGUAUUUGUAUAAUUUAAUCAUCGUUUAGCCUCCAGGCUGUCUCUGGAUCCUAGAGGACAGGCUCAAGGCAGGAAAUUGUGAUCAGGUUCAGUGAAGGGCUUAGGGGCCCAGUGGGUCUAGAACACAGCCUUUCUUAGUGAUCUAGGACUCCUGUUUACUCCCUAAAAAGGGAGUCCCCACUUCAGCGGACAAAUAGCAUCUGGUUUUUCUAUUAUCCGUUAAUUUCCUUAAAGCUGACUAUCAUGGAAGGGGCAGGGUUGGUUUUAUGACUAACCUGUGUAUAAUCUCUUUAUGUGCACAUCGGUAUGUAAUGUUCAGUCCCCAGAUUUACAUAAAGUAAUUUAGCCUGGGGGGGGGGGCAAUGACAGAGGAAGCAGGGUCUGGAUCUCUGUUACAGCCCAUUUGUGCUCCGAGGAAAGGAAUGUAGGGCUCUGCAGACAUAAGAGCCAGGAACUGAAAGCUUGAGCUCUUGAAAAACGCCUGUGCCUGGUGUGCAUCUCCUGUGGCCUCGCCGGUGACCUCCUUCAAAUUGCCAGCAUUCCUACCCUAGAUAAAGUCCCAAGUAUGUGGAUGGACUGGUCAAGAGCAGAUGAUUACAGACACUCCUAAUGUGGUCCAGUCCUGAGGUGCUGCCUGAUUCCAUGGGUCAGAAAGGACCUAAAGGCCUGUGGGUUGUUUUCUGUGUAACGGGGAGGCCUUGGGUCUCUUGACUGCCAACAGGAAUUCCCUCAGCAUGCCAUCCAGGGAGACCCCAAGUGCCACCCUUUAUCAUCCCUGUGUGGGGAGUACAGGGAAUUUUCCAAAUCUCUGUUAAAUGUGGACAAGUCAGAAGUUGUUUUUCUACAAGCUAUAAUCUAGAAUCACAGUGGCAAUCAUGUUUUUGAAGGAAAUGUUGCAACAUUUCAGAAAAGAAGACUAGAAUAUCUUGGCAUUUCAUGACCCCUGAGCUUGAGUUGAAGGAAAAAGAAGUGGCUCACUCCAUCACAGACAGCUUAGGUUUAUGUUUUUGUUGCUUGAAUUAUUCCCCCUGGGGGGAGGAGGGGGGGAGGCAACUUUCUUAAGAUGUUUUUCUUUAAAAAAACAAAAAAUAAAAUAAAAUAAAAACAACCCCUACAAACUGUUUUUGAGGACCAAAUGUAUUCUUCGACAAUAAAAUUGAAGAGGAAAUAUCCAACUCUUAUCCUGAGAAGGCUAAUAUACAGCUACUGGGAAGAGACCCGUCGGAAACCGUGCCUGCCAUUGGCUGUGACCUCAGAUUCCUGCAGUCAGUGAUGGGCCCUGGAUGGAGUGGGGCCACUGAGGACCCAGAGGAUGCCCUGGUGCAGAUCCAGGGUCUGCUCCAAAAAAAAAAUCAGGGAAUGUUUCGCCAGGACUUUGCUGCUCUCGCUCUCUAUUUUAACAGUAUUUUAUAUGGAAUCUAUUGGAUUUUAUUGUAUAUCCUAUGCUCUCUCUAUGUGUGUGUGUAUGUAUGUGCAUCUAUCUUUUGGUCUGAAUGAUUGACUUCACUGGAAAAUUUUGCACACAUGUACUUUAAGACAAUGUAUAGUAAUAAAAAUAAAUAUGAUGAUGUAAGA